UUAUCUUCAUUAGAUUUCAGACAUCUUUUAAUAUAAAUACCAUAAGCUCGCUGGCAAUAGGAACACUUUUGAGAAACAUGCGUGUCUUGAUCGCUCUACUGGCUCUGGGCUUAGCCGAGGCGGCCGUGCCGGCAAAGUCGUCGAGGAUCGUGGGCGGCUUCAUGACGACUAUCGAUCAGUACCCUUCCUUGGUUGCUUUACUGUUUUCGUGGGACGGGAGUACGUUUCAGCAGACUUGUGGUGGCGUCAUCGUCAACAGUAGGAAUGUGUUAACUGCUGCCCAUUGCCUUCACGGAGAUCCGGUUAAUAGGUGGCGUAUUCGCGCUGGCUCUACUUUCGCUAAUAGAGGUGGUGUAGUCCACAUCCUAAACACAUAUAUAAUCCACAACAAUUUCAACAAAUGGACUCUCGAUAACGACAUCGCUAUAAUGCGCACCGUCCUCACGUUUGCCUUCAAUGAACUCACGCAGGCCGGAAGCAUCGCUGGCCCCAACUACGUGGUGUCUCAAAGCCAAGCAGUCUAUGCCGCCGGCUGGGGUUCCACUUUUGUUCAAGACCCUCCAGUGGAAGAGUUACGACACGCUCAGAUGUGGAUCGUGAGCUUGGCCACGUGUAGGUCUCGGUACCGCGCUAUUGGCCGUCAAGUCACAGACAACAUGCUGUGUGCCGGCUGGCUCGACAUGGGCGGUCGCGACCACUGCAGAGGUGACAACGGUGGGCCUCUCUACCACAGCGGGGUCGUCGUUGGACUGGUCUCCUGGGGAGAGGUCUGUGGCUCCUCACAUUUCCCUGGUGUUUAUGUUCGUGUCGCUCGAUUUACUCACUGGAUCCAAGCCAACACGUAACGAGUUUUUCAGAAUAAAUUGUGAAUAUGUUAUAA